UCGCAUCUGCCAAGUUUGAAUGUGUGGCCGCUUUGUGCGCCAACAGAUCUUCUCGCGCGGCAGAAGCAGCCGCAGCAGCAGCAUUACUGCUGACUGAGUGGCUGACUGGCUGCCAGCGAGAAGAGGAAAGUAAAACAAGGACGAACAACGACGGCUCAAGCGCCCUCACAAAGCCAUCGUCGCGUCUAUUGUCCUCUCGCGUAUUGUCCCAUCGACAAGCUUCCGCGCUUCGGAUGGCAUAUUUAGAAGUUUGAGCGGCUCUCAUUGCGCACUUGAGCAUCCAUAACCACUGCUCAUUUUCUCUGUUCUGUCUUUCAUCCCCACCAGUUGCAUUAUACUUACUGCCCUCAACCGGCUAUUCGAAUAAUACCAGCUGCGGGCCAGCCUUAAUAUACCCAUAUACCCAUACACAGCACAGCACAGCACAGCACCACACAGCACAUACCAUAAUCAUGGCCAUCGCAAAGCUCCUCCCCGUCCUGCUCAAGCACAAGGACACCCUCAUGGAGGACGGGCUCGACCCCCGCGCCCACGCCCAGCGCGGCGCCACCCACGGCAUCGCCUACGGCCGCAAGGCCGCCACCGCCCCGCUCAAAGCCUGGGAGAACAUCCCGCGCUGGGUCGUCCGCGGCCUGCAGUUCGUCCUCGGGCUCGUCAUCGUCGGCAUGUACGGCCACCGCGUCCAGAAGCAGCGCGACGACCCCGACGCCCACGUCUCGCCCGAGUGGGUCUUUGGCCUCAUCGUCGCCGCCCUGUCGUGCAUCACCGCCGUCGCCUUCGCCGCCGCCGCCCCCUUUGGCGCCGUCUCGAACCGCUUCAAGACCGCCCGCCUCUUCUCGUGGGACCUGACGCUGUUCCUGCUGUGGAUUGUCGUCUUUGGUAUCUUUGCUGGCAUCUUCCUCCACCGGGAUAAUGAUGACUCGUACAAGGGGAGCAGCACCAUCUCUGAGAAGGGCGCCGUCUGGGUUGAUCUGGUCAACGCCAUCCUCUGGCUCGUCUCUGGCACCUACGGCUUCGUCAAGACUUUCAUGAGCGGCAAGGUUGAUACCCUCGGCGGCAAGGUCACGGACAAGGUGUUUGGCAAGAAGCAACCUGCGCCCAACAAGAUGGAGAUGUAUGAGCAGGUCUGAUAGAGCAUGGUCCAUUAUAGACGCCUCGGACAGAUGGGGCUGUAAUAGAUUUUUGAGCACACAUAGCUUGGAAAAUGUAAUAAUCUUAUUCUUCGAUUUCUAGAUUACGCCACGCAGACCCUCUGCCGGCUUUGGUCCUGAAAGGGAGUCUCAUGUUCAAGAGUGAACUGACACAUACCUCUUGGCCAGCUAUGGGACUGAACUUAUAUGGAAGAUCCAGGUUUGCAAAAUUGAUCUGCCAG